GAAGUAUCUCUCGAAUAAUGAUAUUCUCUAGAGAGGUGCUGUAAAUUAUCCUUUGAAUUUUUAUAUCACCUUCUUCGCCGCUCUUAUUCCUUUCCCAAUUCCAAAAACGGUGAGAGAGUCUAUCCACCGGAGGAAGGAACACAGAUGACUGAAGAAAUCAAAUUGGAUGACAUAGCUGGAGAGCUUUUGCGUGUGAUAUUAGAAAUGAAAGAUAAGGCCGUUAAUUUCAGGGAAAAUAUUGAACGACUCCAAAAUACUCUCGAACAAGUAGUUCCUCUGUUCGAAGAAGGGAGCAUAUUGGAUUUUGAUAUAAACGAUCCUAAGCGGGAGGAGCUCAAGAAAUUAAUUGUGAAGUUGCAGAGAGGAAAAACACUCGUCCAGAAGUGCUGCAAGGUCCCAUCUUGGAACAUCUACACAAAGAUCCGUUACUCCAGUAAAAUCAUCGAUUUGGAUGAAACUAUUCUCAGGUUUUGCCAGCGAGAGUUGCAGAGCGCAAUCAGUCGCGAGGAAAAACAGCUAUCGGAAAGUACGGCGGAAGGAAGUGUGGGCUCCGUUCGUAAGGAGGGUUUCUUUGCUGUUCCUAAACUCCCACACCAUGUUGUUGGGUUCGAUAGACCUCUCGCAGAUUUGAAGGUUGAGUUAUUCGAAGAAAAUGUGACGGUGCUUGGAAUAUGUGCUCCUGGAGGAUGUGGGAAGUCGACAUUAGCUGCCAUGCUUUGCCAAGACCAACAAGUUAGAGGCAAAUUCGAGGACAAAAUAUUCUUCGUAAAUGUUUCAAAGAAUCCCACCACCUUAAAGAUCCUACGGAGACUUCUUAGAGAGAUUGGUGGUGGGGUGCCUGGAACCAAUUUGAGUCAAGAAGAUGCAACUAAGAUAUUUCAUUACCUUCUGAAGCAGAGAAAGUCAGAGCCACUAUUGUUGGUUCUGGAUGAUGUUUGGGACGAUUCAAUUAUUGAGAUGUUUUUCUCCAGAACGGAAGGAUAUAAGAUGCUGGUAACAUCAAGAGACGUAUUCAGUACAUAUGAUUCUAAAUAUCAUUCUAAAUAUCUUUUGAAAACACUCAGUCAUCAAGAUUCCAUGACUCUCUUCCGUCAAACAACAUCGUCUCAAGGUGGGAAUGAGCCAGAUGAGGAUCUUCUAAAUGAGAUAGUAAGAUACUGCGAUGGUUUCCCACUCGCUAUUAUUGUGAUUGGCAAAUCACUAUCCCAGAAGCCUGUAGUGAAGUGGAAAAUCAUGGCUACGGAACUGUUGAAAGGUUCCUCCAUUCUUGAUUUUGAUGAGAAAUUGCGGAAACUUCUUGCAACAAGCUUGGAUUCCUUGGAUGAUACUGUUCUAGAUUGUUUUUUGGACUUGGGUUCCUUUCCUAAAGACAAAUGGAUCUGUGCUUCUGCUCUGAUUGAUAUUUGGUGUGAGCUCUAUGAACUAGACUAUGAAGAUGAUGCCUACGCCAAUCUUCUCAACCUUGCCUCUCAUAAUCUUGUUAAUUUGGUGGGAAGCAGGAAAAUUGCAAAGCAGAAUGAUGCUAGCUUCAAUGAGGUAUUUGUUACCCAACAUGAUCUACUCAAAGACCUGGCUAUCUACAAGAACCGGCAGGAGAGGACAAGAGUUAUCAUGGACACAGGAGAAAAAGGCCUUCCCAAGAGCCGCAGAGAACAAGAGAACCACUAUCUCAAUGCCCGUCUUGUUUCUCUUUGCACAGAUGAAAUGUGUUCGAGCUGGUAUGACUUACAAUUUCCUAAAGUUGAGGGGCUGAUUAUGAAUUUCUCUGCAAGUAACUACGCCUUACCCCCAUUCGUGGAAACAAUGAGGAAGCUUAAGGUUCUUAUUAUUGUAAACUCUGGAUGGACCCAUGCCAAGCUAAGCAAUUUGAAAACACUUGGUGAAUUGGCUAAUCUAAAGAGGAUCAGGUUAGAGAAAAUCUCGAUUCCUUCCCUUCAUGAAUUCACAAUGCCAUGGAUGAAUUUGCAGAAGAUAUCUUUAGUCAUGUGUGCUUUUGGACAAGAUUUGAUGAAAUGCACCAUCGAUGUCUCCUACUUGUUACCUAAUCUUGUUGAGAUCGACAUUAGCUACUGCCAUGAUCUGGUGGAAUUGCCUCCAUGGAUCUGCGAUGUUAUCUAUUUAAGGACUCUUAGAAUUACUUACUGUGAUAACUUAUCUGCACUAACUGAGAGAAUUGGAUUUAUGGCAAAUUUAGAGGAGUUAAGGCUGCAUGCAUGUACUGGAUUGCCCAAGUUACCUGAUUCAAUAAAAGGACUCCAGAAGCUGAGGUUCCUUGAUAUAUCUGAUUGUUGCGACUUAAAAAUACUGCCUGAUGGGAUGGGUGAGUUGCAUUGUUUGAAAAAGCUUGACAUGAGAGGUUGCAUAGAAUUAAGGGAAUUGCCACCUGCAACCGUGAAUCUUGUUGGUUUAAAGGAAGUGAUAUGUGAUGAAAACAAAGCUAGUCUUUGGGAACCUCUAUCAUCCCGUCUGAAAAUAACGUUUCCUGUUCCUCUUAAAGAGGACAUGAACUUGGAUUGGUUAGGGACUGAUAUUUGACAAGUAACUUGACUGAAUCCUGAAGGUGGCAAGCGGAGGACAAAUGGUCAAAAGGAGAAAUACAACCAAUAUGACGGAUGAAUAUGCGAUGGUACCAAGUUUUUCUGUUCUUUACAAUAACAUGUUUACCUAUAAUAAUUUAUAUCCAUCUACUUUGUUCCGUACAACAAAAUAGAAUCUGUGUAGCAAUGAUGUUUAGCUGUGAGACGGUACAGUAUAAGUUGAGUUCAGAGAGCAAUUUAGUUUGCACACUUGUGUA